UUUAAUGAACGGAAUCGUUACUAACAACACACAAAUCUACAAUAAUCCUCUGUCAUUCGUCGUAGACUGUAUUAUUUUGGACAGGACGUGGCAUUUCACUAGAGGGUUAUUCCUCAGAAGCCCAGAUAUAAUCAUUUGACAUCUGUCAAAACUCCACAGGCGCACAAUUGGACAGCCCUUAACAGCAUGUUUACAAAAGUUGUCCGAUUAACUUGUCGCGUGUGAAAUACGUUUUUGAAAGACACGAACAAAAUUACUCAUCUGACUGUUUUAGGUGAAGUAGUAAAUGUUUGACAAGAUGUAUUGCUACACUAGAUGUAUUACUCGUGCACUAGAAUUAGUGUUUUAUAGUUCAAGCGCUUAUUUGCUGUUUCAGCGCUUUUCUAACUACUCAUAACGUGGGCGUAGAAUUUCCAGAAUUUCCUAACACAUUUCACUCUAAUUGGAUCCAUUGCCCUAAAAUAGCAAUGUAAAUAUUUGGUGGUUUUAAUAAAGCUUUAUUGUACGUAGCUUACUUGCUGUGGCGCAUAGGUUAAGAUGCCAGCAUGAGCCAUAAUGUCGGCACAAGUGGAGCAUGGUGCGGGGUGCCUGCUGUAGUGCUGUGCCUGGCUGCGUUACUAUGUUCCAACCUUCUUCUAUACCUCUACCUGGAAUCCCUAAACCUGGGCACCAGCUAUCCCUCAAGACACGCGCACACACACUGCCCUCCUGGCCACUUCAAAGUUGGAACCAUGACCACCUGUACCCCCUGGCUAGAGUGCCCAGAUAUACGAGCUGAUGUACGACGCCUGAAACUGAUUGGUCGAGGAGCAGUAAAGCAGGUGUACCUGGCAGAGUGGCGUGGUCAGAAGGUAGCUCUGUCUGUCUUGUCAUCAGAGAAGUAUAAGGAUGACUUUCUGCACUGUGUUUCCAUGCUGCGCUCCUUGCAGAGUGCCCGUGUGGUGACGUUUGUUGGAGUGUGUGAGGAGGAUGACAUGUUUGUGACUGAAUACCAUCCUCUGGGCUCGGCACUGGCACUCGACAAGACGUUGGCGCAGGAACGAUACCGCAGCCAAGACUCCUGGAACACACGGCUGAGGCUGGCACUCGACUAUGUCGCUUUCCUGGCAUUUCUUCAUGCCAGUCCAGUGGGCACACGUGUCAUGUGCGAUUCCAAUGACUUAAACAAAACACUCAGCCAGUUUCUCCUAACUGCUGACUUGCGACUCUUGGCCAAUGACCUAGAUGCCCUACCAAAAGUGGUCCGUGGGAGCGAGGGGGUUAAGUGUGGCCCGCGGAGGUUGACUGGUGAUUUUGUGGCUCCGGAACAGCUGUGGCCUUAUGGUGAGGACAUGCCUUUCUCUGAUGAACUCAUGCCAGGCUACGAUGAGAAAACAGACAUCUGGAAGAUUCCGGAUGUGACACGUUUCCUACUGGGACACGUUCCAGGAAGUGAUGUCAUCCACUUCCACCUGUUCCAGAUCCAUGCAGAGUGCAAGAAACAAGAUCCUCAUCUUCGACCAUCAGCCCUGGAGGUUUUGAGUGUGUAUCGCUUGGUCUACGACAGUAUGAAGGAGAGCCACACUGAGAGAAUCAGAGACAUGCUGUAGGGAGCUAGUCUAAAUGAAUGACUUCUUAUUUAGUUAGUCUGAGAAAAUGGAUACAGUGAAUACAGUGAGAAUGAUUUCUUGUUUCCAUAAAAACUCUAUAAAGAUGUGUCAGUAUCAGUAAAAUAUUCCCUGAAGUUUUCAGGCAGAGACUGCAACAUGUCAUUGCAAAGUAUCCGAGAUUCAGCCCAUGAAAUGAAUUACUGCUGAUAAGGGUAUCUAGCUUAAGAGAGAG